AUGGAGGACGUGGUCUUUAACGACGAAGGAUUUGACGAAGGUAUUGAGGAAUCGAACUUCCCCGUGGCACCCGACCCUUACGACUGCACGUUGCAAAUAACAGUCCCUUGGGGGGAGGCUAAUGGCAUUAAAAGGCUUUACUCGCCUAUGCUGGAGGGACUGGAUCCCACAUUUCAGUUCAUUUCUAUCAGUGAGAGCGAUGAUGUCGAUUCUACCCUCCUUUCGUACGGAGACGAGGAUAAACAAAAACAGGACGAUGCUUUUGUGCGUUGUCAAGCAAUUAGCAUCGUUCUUUUCCUGUACGAAGCGUUUGGACGAUUGUCAGCUAUAGAUGUUCAAGAGCACUUACAUUUCGCUCCUUGGUAUUUUCAUCACCGGGUGGAACUCCCUAAGGAUGUUAAACCCAGAAUCACAGCCCACCAGGAUUUUUAUCAGACAUUCCCCGGGCUACCCCUGUGGUCAAUUUGCCCGGUUCACUACGGCAACGAACACUUACGCUUCCAUGUUUUUGCGAGAAACUUUAUCGAGAUGAGAUCGUUUUAUGAGAUCUUAACUGGAAAGAAGCCGAGCGGGGGAUCUGCAGGAUUCUGUUUCUUCACCCUUUAUAGUCAGAGUGGUUUUGAUGUUCAACUUUCCCUUAAACAUUUACCCCAAAUUAUCCCUAUACCUUCGAGGUAUAUUCGGUUAAAGAUGAAAAUCAAAGAUAUUAACGUAAUAUUGCCCCAUUUGACUGACUCACCCGUUCAUAGAGAGGAAGCCUUGUGGAUUGUAAAGGACCCGGAUGGGAACGAGCUUAUUCUCGAGGAGACUGAGUCCUCCCCCCAUAGAAGGAAAACGGGACGCCUUUUGUCUAACACAAGUCUGGAGACGUCAGACUAUGAGACGGCGUCCAUAGAUACAGAGAGUCUUGCCGGAAAUAUGAACCUUUCUCCUCAAGGGACACUUAACUCAAGCUUCCAUGAUCGUUUUACCCUAUUAUAA